UGUCUUGCUGCUCAACCUAUGCUUUACCUCUUGAAGGUCAUGGAGGCAGAACAGACCAAAACGAGAAGUGAGUUGGUUCACAAGGAGACUGCAGCCAAAUACAAUGCCGCUAUGGGAAGGAUGAAGCAGCUGGAGAAGAAGCUGAAAAGAGCCAUCAAUAAAUCAAAACCUUAUUUUGAACUCAAGGCAAAGUACUAUGUCCAACUAGAGCAACUGAAGAAGACUGUGGAUGACCUGCAGGCAAAACUGGCCCUGGCAAAGGGAGAGUAUAAGACUGCCUUGAAAAACCUCGAGAUGAUCUCAGAUGAGAUUCAUGAGAGGAGACGGUCCACUGCCAUGGGGCCCCGAGGAUGUGGCGUGGGUGCUGAAGGGAGCAAUACCUCUGUGGAAGACCUGUCAGCAAGUAAACUGGAGUCGGACACCAUCUCCAUGGCUUCAGAAGCGUUUGAGGAUGACAACGGCAGCAGCCUCGUAUCCGAAGAAGAUUCGGAAACUCAGUCGGUGUCCAGCUUCAGCUCUGGUCCUACGAGCCCCUGCGAGGUGCCCACCCAGUUUCCUCCUGCGACGCGACCUGGAAGCCUGGAUCUGCCCAGCCCUGUGUCCCUCUCUGAGUUUGGGAUGAUCUUUCCUGUCCUCGGCCCCCGAAGCGAAUGCAGCGGCGCGUCCUCCCCCGAGUGCGAAGCUGAAAGAGGGGAUAGGGCAGAAGGGGCUGAGAACAAGACAAACGACAGAGUCAACAAGAAUAGGAGCAGCAACAGGAGCAGCUCCACUGAGGGGCUGGCUUUGGAUAACCGAAUGAAGCAGCUCUCCCUUCAGUGCAUGAAAAUCAAAGAGGGAAUAUGCGCAGGCAGAAAAGCUGCCCAGAUUGGUUGAGUCCUUCUUGUGCCCUGUCCUGAUUAAUGGGAGUAUAAAUAUUUAUACAUGAACUUCUAAGUGUUUGAAGAACAUUGUGCCAAUAAUAUAUGCCAAAUCUUAAGCGUUUACUCUAAGAAUUUACAACUGCACUAAGAAGUCUAAUUGAUGUGGAGGGCUGAAGUUUUUAUUCAGUAAAUCCUUUGUAGGCCGGACAGGUUAUCAAAUGUUUAAGCUGUGCUCAUAUUUCACAGACUUUGUCAAUUGUUUUGUAGCAGCCUGGCUGAAGCAAUAAUUAGUAAUGUUCCCGUGUAAAUUCAUGCCAGUAGGGGGUCUGAAAUUCAAGCCAGACAUUUGCAGAGCGCUGUUUGGCUUCAGUUUUGUAGAAUGAAAUGCUCUUUAGAUACAGUGGAUCUCUUGAGUACAAGUGGCAUAUUCUUUAAACAUCUGUAUUUGUCUGUAUUAUGCUGAAACUGUAGAAAUAUUUUGUAUACAGAAAAGCUGUUGCAUGUGUGGGGUCUAAAAGCCUUCACUCUUCCCUUGGUGCUCACAGAAAGGAUAAAGAUGAGCCAGGCCUAUAAAAACUGGUGUUGUGACGGACAAAAAGGGGAUGGUAACACUCGGCAGUGGUAGGCCCUUUCUAGCCACCUUCCUGAGUCUGGCUUGGACUCUGAGGGUGAUUCCAGUGACCAAAAAGAGUUGAUUGGCCCCUUGCCCUUCCCCUCCCCUGAGAAGUGAAGUAUUAUUUUUCAGCACUUUAAGUGUGGGUUUUUUUUUUUUUUUUGCUCGAAAAUGGGAGUCAUAGAUGUUUUCAGGACAGUUAUGAUAAGGGAUUCGCCCUUGAAAUAAUGCAUGAAGAAAAGGAAUUGCCAGUGUAGAUUGACAAUGUGUUCUUAAGUUUCUCCGUAGGUUGUACUGUGUGGGGUUUUAUAACUGUUAAAGGAAACUGGGAUUCUAGUAUGCCCUAGAGAAAGUGUUCAAUGAGACUAGAAAGGGCACGGGCAUGUUUUGCCAGCAGCUGUUAGGCAGUAGUAGUGUCUGGUAACUAUGCUAAUAAGUGGUAGUAAAAAUCCUAGGACUCUUCAGUUUUGGUGGGUAAGCAUUUCUGACAGCACCAUUUUAUCUAAGAUGUCGGUUUAUAUUGUUAAUUUGAUGGGAAUUUUAGUAUUGCCCCCAAAGUAUUUUCUAUUCUAUGUUUUUGCAGUCCUGUUGUAUUUCGUCCCUGCCACAGCUUGUGUAUCUAUUCUCAACGUUACUGUAAAAUUCUUCACACUACAGUAAACAUUUUUGUUUUCCACAA